AUGGUCGGAUGUUGCAGCCCUGUGCAAUGGCUGCUGCAGAAGUCGGCUGCAUGGUGCAAGCGCCCAGCGCUUGUAGAUGAGAAGGAGCAGCCCCCGGCGUGCCGUUGCGAACUCUGCACCCGGGCCACUGCGUUUUUGGCAUCGCCUCAGGGGGUGGAGUGCUUGGGCGCGGCCUGCGGGGAUCCGGAGAUUCUGGGCCGGCUCUCUCUCUGCAGCUGGACACAGCUACAAAUGUUGCAAGCUGCCGACUUCCUCGCGAGACGUGCUGUAGAUGUCGGGAUCCAGCUGGAAGCGCCUGUGCGGCUGGACCAGCUUGCCUUUGCCGUGGCCGUGGCACCCCUCUGCAACCCCUUUGAAAAUCACAUCUACUUCAGCUACGGCGGUGGGUCCAAGCUGCAAGGCCCGGCGCUGCCCUUCUUGGCCAAAGCAGCCGCCCUUGCGCAAAGGUUCCCGCGAGUCAUGGUUCACAUCGACGCCCAUGCAGGCGUUAGAGCACCAGGGAGGCUUGUCGCAAAGCGGACGUCGCAGGCUCGCGCCAAAGCCGUCAUGAAUGAGUUACUGGCCCAGGGCCUCCCAGAGAAGCAGAUCAGCUUCACUGCCUGGGGAAGGCUGGUGUCUACGGCAUGGCCGGAAGACGAGCGCGUGGCAAGGGCUGAGGUCUACUUCCAGCUGGAUGGCGUGAUCCAUCCUCAAAGGCCUGAGUACUACAACGGGCGCUCGAUGCAGGGUGCGGCUCAGACCCCCGACUCCGACGAUGAGAUGUCGCAGCGCCUGCGCCAUGCGGAUCCCGACAGCCUGAUGCUCUUUGUGCCGGCGACGACGGGCUUUCAGCUUGUCUCCAUUCUCAACACUGCCUAG